AUGAUGAAUCUACCAGAAGAAGAAAUAAUAAAAGGACACAACGAUGAAAGUGGAUUCGAAAGAAGACACAAAAAAUAUGUUAAAGAAAACUGCAGAAAUGAUUACUUCGAAUUUGAUCAAAAAAAGUCAAUCGAAGAUUACUUCCUCGAAAAAGACAUAGAUGUAUUUAAUGUCCACAUAAACAAAGACUCCUCAUUAGAUGAUGUACUCACAAACAUAUACAUCUACAUUGAGAAAAACAUCAAAUUUGAUAAUUUUCUUCCAUCUGUUGAGGAGAUAUUGAAAGAAAAACUUCAGAAAGAGGAAAAGGAGCUGUCCCUUGAAAAGGAAAAAUUGCUAAAGAAGGAAAAUGAACUCAUCGGGGAAGAGAUCAACAAAAAUGAGGAGUUAAUAAAAGCAGAGAAAAAGAGACAAGAACUUUUACUUGAACAUCAACAGCAGUAUUUUCAUAACCAGUCUAUCCCCUUGAGGUUUUAUUUGAUUAAAAAUAUCCUUCCCAUUUUAACAGACGCAUUGAUACACAUUUGUCGCACCAAACCGAAAAAUCCAUGUCUUCACAUUGCGCAGUAUUUGCUGGAGAAUGCGCACAAGUACAACGUCGAGGAGGCUGCGCUGGAUGUGCUGCGGUCGGAGGAGUUGGGAGCCGACGGAGCGGGCGUCCACCGA